AUGCAAUGUGUUAUCCACACUUUAAAAUAUAUCUCCAUGGAUGACACAGCAGAGGAACUGAAUGCACCUGCAGAAGAAUUAGAGAGGAAGGAAGGAAAGAAAAAGAGAGAAAGAAAGGAAGGAAGGAAAAAGAAAGGAAAGAAAGAAGGAAAGGACAGGGAAGGAAAGAAGGAAGGAAGGAAAGAAGGAAGGAAA